AUGAAAACUGGAGAAACUGUUAUGAAUUAUUUUGGACGUGUCAUGGUCAUCUCAAAUGAUAUGUGUAAUGUAGGUGAAGAUAUCAGUGAUGUGAAAAUUGUAGAAAAAGUACUAAGAACCAUGCCUGAAAGCUUCAACUUUGUGGUCUGUACCAUAGAAGAAUCAAGGGAUCUUGAUACUAUGACAGUGGAUGAACUUCAAAGCACACUACUGAUUCAUGAGCAAAAAAUCAGAAGAAAGGUGAACGAUGAACAAGUCCUAAAAGUUGAAUGUGAUCGAAGUAUUGGACGUGGAAGAGGCCAAGGCAGUGGAAACUCCAACAGAGGAAGAGGGCAUGGCCGAGAAAGAGCACAAGGCGAGAACAAGCCACAAUUGAUAAGUCUCAGAUUGAAUGUUAUAAAUGCCAUCAGUUGGGACACUUUAAAUAUGAAUGUCCAAAUGAUGACCGAUAAGUAA